AUGUACUCCUCUACGCCGCCCUCGCAGCCGCAACCGAAACAGCCACGGCAACAACAACAACAACAACAACAACAAGCGGCCUACAAUUAUCCGCCUCAAGGAUACGGUCAAAUAGGACAAAUGGGACCGAUGGGUGGAAAUGGAGGCAUGGCGCCGGCGCCAAUGGACGCUCGGCAGAUGCAGCAGCAGCAGCAACAAAUGGGACACAUGGCCGGGAAUCAAAUGGGACGAAUGGACCCGUCGAUGGGACAACGACAAAUGGCGAUGGGGUCGAUGGACGGACGAUCGGCUGGAUCCGGUCAGAUGAUGCCGAGUCAUCAUGGAAUGGGCAACAACGGGCAUAUACCACUGCCAAUGGACAAUCGGUCGAUGGGAUCUGGCAUGGGACCAGGCAUGGGUUCAGGAAUGAACCCUGGAAUGGCUCCGACUAUGAAUUCUGGCAUAGGAGCGAACAUAAAUCCUGGAAUGCCUACUGGAAUGGCUCCCGGUAUGACGCCAGCAAUGAACCCAGCAAUCGGUCAAGGCAUGGGCCCAGGAAUGCAGCAAAGACCAAUGGAAAACCAGCCGAUGCCACAGAUGCCGCCGAAUCAGAUGGAUCGAAGGAACAUGGACGGAAGGCCAGGAAUGGAUACUCGUCACAUGGGACAAAUGAGCAACAACCAGAUGGCCGGAAUGGGAUCCAUGAAUGUACCGAUCGGAGAGCCUCAAAUGGGAAUGCCAGCGCAUCAAAUGCAACAUCAAAUGGGACAGCAACAUCAACAACAAUCGUGAGUUCUUCCGGACUUCGUUUGCGCUUUCUUUCUUGUCAGGAUGAAAUAUCAAGAGGCGUGAUGCACUUCCUCACAUUUCCUGAUUGCCCCAACAUUUUUUGCUCAUUCUAAUCUUUUGCAAAACAUUAAAGAUCUUUCGCGAUGGUCAUUCUUAAAGAUCAUACAUCUUUUCGAGAAAAAAAACAAGAGUCACGUGUAUGCGGAGCCACACAAUCGAAUAAUACUUGCUAGUAAGUGCAAUCAAGAGUUGUUUAUCUAUCCUGACUCACGCAAUGCAAAUCACGAAAAUCAGUUUAUGUCACUGGGUGGCCGUACGACUUUUGAUGCGAAAAGAUUUUUUUCACGUACGCGCCGGAGCCUCAUAAUAUUUUGCUCAUCCCGGAUGGGCUCCAUCAUUAUUGUCAUCGUCAUGUUUUUUGCGAGUGUGUCUCUCAGGAAAAGAUUUGAGUCUUUUUUGUCUGGAACAGGACCGGAGUAGAUGUUUUUGAAAACAAAUCAUUUGGCAGCAUGACGGCGGGCAGAAAAUAACCGCUAGAACACAGUCGGAUGUUUCGAAAAAUAAAGUUCCAGUUGUCAGUCAUUUCUAUUUUCUCUUGCCCCACCCUCUCAGGAACCUGAUGCUGAAACAAACAGUCUCCCUCUUCCUCUUUACUCAUUAUUUUUUGUCCACGAACGGGACACACAAAAUAUAGUCGCUUAAAAGCAUUUUCCGAGAGAAGAAAACAUUAUUUUCUCUUCUGUUAGUCAUUGAGUGAACACGAACGCUGUUCCACAGUUGUUUUCGCGAGUGGUCCCCAUCCAUCCAUCCAGUUCUGACCACAGAUACUACAUGUGCACACACAUAUAAACAUAAAGUUGUGUUCGCGUUUCCAGAUAAGUGGCGUGGCCAUAUCUGUGUUUUUCAUGACUUAGAAAAAAGAACAUGUUUUGGCAGGCAGGUCCUUACUCUUUCUCUCUUUCGCUCUCGUGCCCAUGUUCACGUUCCGCUGGUGUGUGAUUCACUAUUUUCACGGAUCACACGUGUUUUUGUCUCGCCCCUAUUCUCUUAUUUUAUCCACUAUUUUACAGAUCUGGCAACACUACUAAUAUGCAACGCAUGAUGAAUCCCGCCUACGCGCAACAAAAUGAGAAACAACGUUGGGAACAGUACCAACGAAUGCAGCAACAGCAACAGCAGGUGACCCACAUUUUUCUUUUGCAUUUGAGUAUGCAACCCCAUUUCCACGCCCCAUUAAAAGUCUUAUGGGAAAAGAAGAAGCGGAAGAGGUGUUGGGCCGAGAUUCGUUUGCUCUCGCGAUUAUUGAGGGUUCAACGCAAUGAAAUCCGCCCACUUUACUCGUUUUGAGUAAAGUGUUUAUUGCCUGCAUAUUCAUGAAUGUACGCUUCAAUAUUCUUGAUCCGCCCUUCUUUUCCUUUCGUUCGCCAGCACACAUAGAAACUUGACUUUUGUCUAGCCGAGUUAAUGACAGACAAAAUUUUUUUUCGAAAUUUUCAAAACAUGCACUCAUAGCUUUGUUUUCCAGAUGAACUAUCAACAAAUGCAACAGGCUCAGGCUGCUCAGGCUGCUGCCGCCGCUCAGGCUCAGGCUCAAGCGCAAGCUCAGGCUCAAGCUCAAGCCCAAGCCCAGGCCAAGGCCCCAGCAAAAUCAAACUCCAGAAGAAAGCGUACUCACAACAAGACCCAGGAAGACGUUCCGAUGCCGAACCAUCACUACCAGCCGCCUCCUCCAUACGGAUAUCAACAUCAGCAGGUACAACAAAAAGUUCGUGCACUUUUUAGUCCCAUGACAUGUGGGCGACUGAUUGUCAUAGGACAUGUCUGAGAACAUGUCAUGCGUACUUUGCUUGUUGCUUCUACUUCUACUCCUACUUUUCAAUUCUUUGUAUAAUCUUCUCCAUUCAGAACAAGAACAUGAUGGGAGGACAUGGACAUCAAAUGAAUGGACAUCAAAUGGGCGGCGCACAACACAUGCAACACCACGCUAUGGUGCACGGAGGGCCCGGAGGACCCGGAGGCUCGCAGAAUCAGUUUGGAGCGUAAGUUUCUAGUACUUGUGGCUCAUAAAAGAGGGACCCCCUGCCUGCCUUUCCGCGCGGAUACUAAUUAUUGUUUGCAGGUCCGAAAUGGUGCGCAUGGAACUGCGCAACUCUAUCCAGGCUAAGCAAGCACAAAAGAAAGACCUGACGCACCAGGCGCAAGUCGAACAAGCUCAGCAGCAACAUCAACAACAGCAACGUGAGUGGUUUUUGAUCGUGUUUCCUCACUUUUGAUGGUCCCUCGGCCCGGAGCACUCCCACACACUCUUUAGAGUCAAGUUAUUUUUGGAUCUGAAAAGUUAUUUAUGAUCAUGAUGUGAGAUACGUAGUUUCAGCGAUUAGGCUCGUGGCGGAAAGGAGGGGGCAGAAGAGCGGAAAUGAUAAAUAGUGAUGUUUAUAUGUAUAUCUGAUCGGGUUACGCGGGGCCGCACUUUCGGAUGCAACGACUUAGGUUCUCGGAACGUGGUCAUGCCCAGACAUCAUGUUUUGACCAGUUUGGGAUAAAUAUUUUCGGGGCCCACACAAAAGUCCCAGACAAAAAGGAAAUGGCCAGGGAAGAUAAAAAUAAAAGGACAUAUUUAUAUACAUAUCCUGUUCUGUUCUCCUCUGUUCCUUCAUAAUACGAAGGCACUCGUGUUAUUUGUUAUUCCAAUAAUUCAGUUCCAAAAAUGAAACUGCUAGUGAAAGUUUCCACCGGAAGCGUGUAGUUGUUGCUAUUUCCUUCAAAUUGGCUACAAAUUUUGUUCCGGACUCUUGACCACCUCACUUCUCGCAUCAACAACAUGUUGUAAACAACAAACAAGUGGGAGGAAUGGCGGUUUGUUGAUACGCGGGUUUAUGGAUACUACUAGCCGUGCCAAAUAGCUUAGACACCCCCUCCUUCUCUAAAUGUUGUGUCUAGGCGGCUGUUGUCCACUCAUCAAGAUUUCAUAGAGCUUUUCACAAAGUGUGGGGAGGAGUAGUUCCUUCCCGACUAACAAGUUUUCGGCUGAAGAGGGCCAAAAGAAAGAACACGGCACACAGCCGAAUAGAGCAAUUAUGGAUGUAGUAAUGAAAAACAAAAACAUGUUGAUGACCACACAUAGACCCCCCCCCCUCCUUCUUUUCACUCUGUUCGCUUCUCUUGGAACGGCAACGUCGACGUGGCAGCCAGCCAGCCAGUGGUGGUGGUGGUCGAGAAAAUAUUUUUGUAGUCGUCAGAACGCCGGCAAACUCGUGGCUGUCCGUCCGUCGUGGUGUGUCUGUGUGUUUGCUAUAACAAGACUUGGAUUUGCGGACCGAAGCACACACACAUACACACACACAUACUGCUUGACGUGUGAAAAACACGUAUCACAUACACACAGAACCAUGACAAAAAUAUGUCCGUCUUGGCUUGCUCGCCGGGUCCGGCCGUUCUCUUUGCUGUGGUCAACAAAUGGGUCUUUUCCGGCAAACAGGCUAUUUGUCGUUCACUCUAUCUUCUUCUCCUUUUUUUUCUCACAUGUCUGAAAACAACAGAGCUUUUCCCCCCAUUUUUUUCUAGAAACCAACUCUGGAUAGUGGGCGUGGCCUUUUGUUUUUCCAGCGGUUGUACAGAUCGUUGUUCUCAAAGGUAUCCGCUUGUUUUGUCAAAUUUCACCACCUUAUGUGGACGCCGAUAAAACUUUAAUUGUGUUUUCCAGAACAACGCUGGGGAUACACAUCUAUAUCUUUAUAUAAACACUUGAGAAUUGAUAGACCUCUUCUAAUCUUUUUUGAGUUUUUUUUUUUGCGAAAUAACAAAAGGGUUGUGCGGUUCUGUGAACGGCUCAAGCCUCAAUCAAAUUUAAAACAAAAAUAAGAGGGAGCUUUUUUGGAGAACCACUUUUACAGACAGGUGGAAAACACGUCUGUUUGGAGCGUCUAAACAACGGGGGAAGCCUUUUUAGAUCUGAAAUUCUUCUUUAAAACUAUUAUUGAAAACGUCGUAGAUCACGCAAACAAACAUUAAUAUGUACAAUCAGAUAUUCUGACGAAGCCAGGAGGGAAGCUCGACAGGUCCCGCCCUCCCCCGACUCUCCUCUCACUUGUUGACACCUAGAAUCUCAAUCUCGCCUAUUUUCAGAUCGUAUUCCGGCCGCGCCACAGCAGCAACAGCCACCAAUGCAGCGUUCGAUGCAAGAUCCAUCCAUGAUGAUGGGCGGCAACCACAUGGCACAGUUCACGGGACAGUACGCCCAGAUGGCUCAGCAGCAACAGCACUUCCAUCAACAACAACAACAACAACAACAACAACAGUCCUCGUCAAUGGGAGUACAGCAAAUGGGACAGCCACAGGUCCAGCAGCAACAACAGCAGCCAGCAAUGGCUCAGGGAGGCCCGAUUGUCCAACAGGCUGUUGCCGGUCAGCCAGAGAUGGGAGCCAACGGCUACAAUACUCCACGAACACAAGUCAACCAGAACACUCCGAUCUCGAGUGUGGCCAGCACUAGCUCAGCAUGCAGUUUGGACUUCCCAAACGAAUGUUACGACCAGCAGGUAAAGAAUUCACGUAUGCAUAAUGUUAACAAAUAUUCUGAUUUCAGGACCCUGAGCUCCCAAUUUCGUGCGACAAGCUGGAGGAGAACCUGAAAUCGCUGACCGUCCACGAUUUUGCGAUUCUGGGAAGAUGUGGAGAGCAGGUAUGAGGAAGAAGAAGAGAUUACCUGAUAGGAAUAUCGUAAUUUCAGUUCGACUUUGCCAACCAGACUACUAUCGACUUCGUUCGUCAAAUCCUUUUCUAA